AUGAUCUCCCGCCAGAUCGAAAUCCUCUUCCACCUUUCCAAAACUUCCCUUCCAAUCCUCCAUCGCCUCCAUUGCUUGCUCCUCAAAACCGCCCUCGACCGCCACGAAUACUUCUUCUCCCACCUCCUCCUCUCCGCCGCCUCAGUCUCCCUUCCCCACGCGCGGUGGCUCUUUGACAGCUCGCCGAUCAACCCUCCGCCGCUCUUCGCGUGGAACACGCUCAUCCGAGCCUAUUCCAAGAGCUCCUCGUCGCCAUCAGAGGCGUUCCGACUAUUUUCUGGCUUACUUCGGGCCCCCGGCGACGUUAGGCCAGAUAAUUUCACUUAUCCCUUCGUUAUCAAGGCCUGCGGACGUUGCUUGAUGCUCGGGGCUGGCGGGUCGGUGCAUGCCAUGGCGUUGAGGACGGGUUUCGGGUCGGACUCGCACGUGAAUCAUACUCUUGUAACCAUGUACGGAGGGUGUGGUGCGGCCGACCUCGCGAGAAGGGUGUUUGAUGAAAUGUCUGAGAAAGACGUGGUGUCCUGGAGUUCUAUGGUCGCAGCUUAUGUUGACUGUAAGCGUCAUUUGGAUGCCCUGAGAGUGUUCAAAGACAUGGUAUCGGCAAACGAGACGCCAAACUUGGUAACACUCGUAAGUUUGCUAUCAGCCUGUACCAAUCUACUUGACAUCAGGCUUGGGAAAUCCGUUCACUCACACAUUCUCAUCAAUGGAAUCAACUUACACAUUCCCUUGGGAACAGCCCUUCUGAAUAUGUAUGCAAAAUCCGGCCACCUGGAGGAAGCCCUCCGCAUAUUCACUUCCAUGAAUGAGAAAAAUCUGCAGUCUUGGACGGUAAUGAUUUCAUGUCUCGCUGACCAUGGUUGUGGGGAAGAAGCUUUAUCUCUCUUCAACAAAAUGGAAACAACCGGCUUGUGUCCCGAUAAUGUUUCCUUUUCGGCAAUACUUUCUGCUUGCAGCCAUAAUGGUCUUUUACGCCAAGGGCGUGAGCUUUUCAAGAAAAUGGUGAAUGUUUACAGGAUUAUGCCCACCAUGGAGCACUAUGGGUGCAUGGUUGACUUGCUCGGGCGGGCUGGGAAAAUUGAGGAUGCUUAUCAGAUUAUUUCGAGCAUGUCAAUGAAGCCUAACUCAGUUGUCUUGAGAAGCUACCUAAGUGCUUGCAAGCAGCAUGGUUGUGUUCUUUAUGCAGAUAAACGCAUAUUGAAAUUGUUGUUGGAGCUGGAGCCCAAUAUUGGGGCUAACUACGUGCUUGUUGCAAAUGUAACAUCCUCUUUGGGUGGAGAUUGUGAUGGCGUGGAUAAGGUGAGGGAUUACAUGAAAGUUAAGGGUUUGAAAAAAGUUCCAGGAUACAGUUGGGUGUAG